AUGGCCUCCAACUUUAACGACAUAGUCAAGCAGGGCUACGUGAAAAUCCGCAGCAGGAAGCUGGGGAUUUUCAGACGAUGCUGGUUGGUUUUCAAGAAGGCAUCUAGUAAAGGACCCAGAAGGCUAGAAAAAUUUCCAGAUGAAAAGGCAGCAUAUUUCAGAAACUUUCAUAAGGUAACUGAACUGCACAACAUCAAAAACAUAACCAGGCUGCCUCGAGAGACAAAGAAGCACGCAGUGGCAAUUAUCUUUCAUGAUGAAACGUCAAAGACAUUUGCCUGUGAGUCAGAGCUGGAGGCUGAGGAGUGGUGCAAGCAUCUCUGCAUGGAGUGUCUGGGGACCAGGCUGAAUGACAUCAGCCUCGGGGAGCCUGAUCUCCUGGCAGCAGGAGUGCAGCGGGAACAGAAUGAGCGAUUCAAUGUGUAUCUUAUGCCUACACCAAAUCUGGACAUUUAUGGCGAAUGCACGAUGCAGAUCACUCAUGAGAAUAUCUAUCUCUGGGAUAUCCACAAUGCCAAGGUCAAACUGGUGAUGUGGCCUCUCAGCUCACUGAGGAGAUACGGGAGGGACUCCACAUGGUUCACAUUUGAGUCGGGAAGAAUGUGUGACACAGGAGAAGGACUAUUCACUUUUCAAACAAGGGAAGGAGAAAUGAUCUAUCAGAAGGUCCAUUCUGCGACACUGGCCAUAGCUGAGCAACAUGAGAGAUUAAUGCUAGAAAUGGAGCAGAAGGCCCGGCUUCAGACAAGCUUGACUGAACCAAUGACGUUAUCCAAAUCAAUAUCUCUUCCUCGCAGUGCAUACUGGCAUCACAUCACUCGGCAGAACAGCGUCGGAGAAAUCUACAGUUUGCAAGGUCACGGGUUCGGGUCCUCGAAGAUGUCACGUGCACAGACGUUCCCCAGCUACGCCUCGGAGCAGAGCGAAGAGACGCAGCCGUCCUUGUCCCGAGCCAGCAGCUACGGCUUCAGCUACAGCUCCAGCCUCAUCCAAUGA